CAUUUUGAAAAUUAAGAAAGCUCAAUAUAAAUCAUUUGAAAACUUAAACCAGAACAUAAAUAUUUUGAAGAUAAAAAAACCUUAAAAUUGCGUUUUUACACAAUUUUCUUCAAAUAUUAAGUAGAAGAGGAUGUGAAUGUAUAGAAUGGCGUUUCGACUCUGGUUGUUGCCAACAUUUCUAUUUCAUGUGGGACAAAUCUUCACUUUUCUGUGGGACAACUACACUUUUUCUGUGGGGACGGCGUUACAUCAGCCCAAUUUGAGAUACAUAAUGAUGCUUAGUGGUGGUGUUUCUUUGUCUCGGUAUGUUGGGGAAGAUGCUUUUGGAUUGCAACUUGAUUUUGGAUGGAACAAUCACGGUUGGAAAGGUGCUUAUGAAUAUUCAUCAAGAAUCAUGCAAAGGAUGAUAUUCAGGCUACCAGAAUUAUUUACUCAUGUUCAUAAAUGGGGAAAGUUACUAGAGAGUCUCACUACUCUAACACCUUAUGGAAGGAAGAAAUAUGCUUGUCGGAAAGCGACGCUGAGAAUUGCACCAAAGGCUGAGGACGAGUGGGAGUCGUGGGCGCGCGCGCCGCGCUCGUCGCGCGGGGUGUUCGCCGACGCCCUCGCCAUGGACCUGCGCCUGCAGGCCGCCCACGCCGCCCGCCAGCGCCGCGCCCUCGCGCACGACGUGAGCCUUCCAAUCAUCGUACAUGCGCAGUGUCUCUGA